AUCCUAGCAACCCGACGAGUUUCCUUGGUAAUUGCAACAAUAUAAAACAAUUACAAUAAUUUCGAACGCAAAUUUCAUAAUUCAGUUCAUUUUAAGCUUAUUUUAGUUAAUUUAGCAUUAAAAUCUGUGUUAGUUAUUAGCCAAGCAAAAAUUCUACACAAUGAAUACUGAAUCUUGGUGUACAGUAGAGUCAAGGUCGUCUGAAAAUUGGACAAGAUCAAAUCGAAAACAUUUUGGCAAAGCAUUUGAAAGCAAAGUAUUCAAAGAGGGGCCUGGUGAUUCUGAAGGAAGAUUGCAGUUUCCAAAGAAGAAAGAAGUACAUCGAGAAAGAAGACACUUCCCUGAAAAGUGUAAGUUUGUCAAGCCAUAUUCUUAAAACUAAAAGUAUUUAUUCUGAAUGGUGCUUUCAUUCUUUCUAUGAAGUUUCUAAAGCAUUCUCGAUCUCCAGAGGUCUAGUAAGGACAAACUCUUGUUGGCUCAGUGUUACUACAGGAGGAAACGGGAAUAACCUGAGCAAAUGUGGUGUUCGGUCGAGUCAAACUGGAAACAUUUUUCACAUGUGAUCGAGGUGAAAUUUAUAUGUUCAGAAAACUGCAUAUUGGGAUAUUGCAGGAAUCAAUUAAUGGUGGUCAAAAGGGUGAAAGGCACUGUGCCACAGUACUGUAUCAGAAUGUUGUAUGUUGAAAAUUGCAAUACCCUUAUCUCUGAAUUAUAUCAAUAUAUGAAGAAAUCUUAAACCCUUUUUUUUGUAGAUAUUUGUAAUCUGAGGUGACCUGUACAGGAAUAUUGACCACUAUUGGACUACAAUCAAAUAUGAACAUUAAAGAAUUAUUUAAACUAUUAGAAACUAUUACUUAUUUGUAUAGAAUUACCACUAACCAAUGUGUAAUUAAAGAAAAAAUCAAUACAACUAUGUG